CGUACAAGACAGCAACAUGUUCUACAUGCCACAAUUCAGUGCUCUCACAAAACCAAGAAGGCUGACGUCAGACGGAGAAAAUGACGUCAUACUCAAUGGCAUUCCUGAUUGGGUAUAUGAAGAGGAAAUCUUAGGUUCGAAUCAUGCCAUCUGGUGGUCAGAUGAUGGUACAAAAAUUGCAUACGCAAGUUUCAAUGAUUCGGCCGUGGAUUUCAUCAGCUUGCCCAGAUAUGGUGACUACCACGAUGUCACAAAUAUAUAUCCACAGUUCCGGAGGUUCAGGUAUCCUAAGGCCGGAAGAAAUAAUCCCACUGUAAAACUAUGGGUGAUUGAUUUAACGAGAAUGGAUUACGCUAAAAAAGAAAUUGUGCCUCCUGAUGAUUACAAAGGAAAAGAUUUUUAUUUCACAUCACUUCAGUGGGUGACGGAGACCAGGAUCGCCGUCAUGUGGUUGAAGCGAUUCCAAAACUCUUCCUUAGUAUCAAUCUGUGAUUCAGCCGGCCUCAUCUACUUCUGUGACAAGAAUCUCCCUAGAGAUACGCAAAACCGUGGUUGGAUUGACAUUCAGGACAAGCCUGUAUUUGGGGAAAAUAAAGGGUUCUAUUUCAUUCGCCUACCAUUAGCAGACGGAAAAGCAGGCUAUUUCAGACAUGUUGCCAUGGUUAAUGCUAGUAGCGGAAGAAAGUCCUUCUUGACACAUGGGCAAUUUGAUGUAGUGAAAGUUUUAGCUCAUCAACGUGAGAAUAACACAGUAUAUUAUUUAACGACACUACCAGAUAAGCCCAGUCAAAGGCAUCUUUUCUCUGUGACUGAUAUGGAAUCUGAUAUGCCCAGAACCGAAGAGUGCCUGACAUGUGAUUUAGGUGACGACUGCACAUACCAUAAUGCAAUUUUCAGUCCCGGCUCCAAGUAUUACAUUUUAGAGUGCCUAGGUCCGGGAGUGCCUUGGAUAGACUUGCGAACGACCGACGGACAUACUAGACUGGCCUUGAUGGACAGCAAUGAUAAUGUCCGAAACAGUAUCGAAACGACCGCAAUGCCACAACUCAGGACUUUCAAUGUGCCUAUAGAAGGAGGUUACAAUGCAAACGUUAGAUUAUUAUUACCUCCUGGUCUCAGAGACGAAGAGAUGGUGAAGUAUCCAAUGGUGAUAAAUGUGUAUGGUGGCCCUGGAAGCCAAAUGGUUACGGAUAAAUUCUAUGUCCACUGGGGCAGUUACCUGGCAAGUCGAAAAAAUUUUGUUUAUUCGUGGAUAGACGGACGAGGCAGUGGAAACCAAGGGGAUAAACGUUUACAUGAGAUUUAUCGUCAGUUAGGGAGCACGGAAAUUCAGGAUCAGCUGGCAGUUGCGAGUUAUUUGAAGAAUGAAAUACCUUUCAUCGACCGAUAUCGAACUGCUAUUUGGGGCUGGUCUUACGGUGGCUAUAGUACUAUCAUGGCACUAGCUACCAACAGCCAAGUCUUCAAUUGUGGAAUAGCAGUAGCCCCAGUUACAAGCUGGCUUUACUAUGAUUCCGUGUUCUCCGAGCGAUAUAUGCAAAUGCCUUGGUCAACAGACAACUAUAUUGGCUAUGAAAAAGCUGAUGUCACCAAAAAAGCAGCAAAUAUCAAAGACAAGAAACUUCUGCUGAUCCAUGGAACAGCGGAUGAUAAUGUUCAUGCUCAACAAUCUCUGAUGUUGAUGAAGGCAAUUACAGAUGCCGGAGUAAUGUAUCAUGCACAGGUUUAUCCAGAUGAAUCUCACGGUUUGACGAAUGUCAAGUCUCAUCUGUACAGAACAAUGGAAAGCUUCUUGGACAACUGUUUCGGAAUACCAGAGGGCGAGGAACGUUUACCACCACAAACAGAAGAGAGGAGAAGAUAGUAGGAACGCGCUGUGUUUCCUUUUCCCUCUUUUUUUACAAUCAGUACUCUGAGUUUUAAAAGAAAGUAUCCCAUCAUCACGACAGAGCAGCCAUACAUUCCUUCUUUGAAUACUCAAGUGGUACUCAUGCACAAAGUAAAUCUCCUCGUGGAAGACUAUUGUUUGAGCAUCAUUUCGGAAUAGCACUUGAAAGCCAGCCGUAAUGAGCUCUGGGCAGCAGCACUCAAUAGAUCUGUUAAGUCAGUACGAGUUUACUCUAAUUUUACAGGGAGUAUUAAUAACUGCUGUAGGCUUAAUACAAUGUGAUAUCUAAUGCGAGCAGAAAAAUGCCGGCAGCAUAUAUAUUAUUAAAGGCUGGCUUUGAGGUUGAAAAUGGUGCUUCUAACAGCCUUGUUCAGUCACAUAAAUGUGGCUUUUCAGUAUCGGUCUUUCAUGCAAACUACUAUAAAAUUGUUAAAACGAUCAAAUCUAAAAAAAAUAAUGAAAACCUUCGAAAUUUCUAUUAAAUUACUGUUCAUUGUAUGAAGGACCUGUAAGUAAAGGCAACAAAACACUUAAGAUUGUAAAAAAUAAAUUAUUGAAAACUGCUACAAGGAUAUUAAGGCAUCCCCCUCGGAUGCACUGAGAACUGUCAAGACAAGCUAUAACUUCUAUAACUGCACUCGAAGGAAAGAAGAUGCUUAAAAAUGGUGCUUAGUUAAGUAAAAGUAUUUACGUUUAUUCCUUGCAUUCACCUUCCAGGGGUAGUUUUUAAAUGGAAAUUGCGAAUCACGAAAGGAAAAGUUUCAUCGGUGAAAUUAUAGUAUCCUAGCAGAUUAAUAUCUUCAACAGAAAUGAGUUAUUGCUUCUAUCUUUAAUUAGUGGCAGACGUCGUAACCUUAUUAUUAUUUACUGCUUUUAAGGCAUUCAGUGUUAAAUGAAACGGAAAGUGUUCCUGGCUGUAUUCUGAUAAUUAUGUUAUGGUGCUAUAAUACUGGCAUUGCCAUUUAGGAAAAUAAUGCUACCUGAAACGAAGAAUUUAGCACAAAAUGCACGAUGCAAAAAUUUGGAAAAUCGUCUAAAAACCCUCAAAUAUCAUUAAUAUAAAGCAACUCGCACUCUUUUCUUGUAUUCUGGCUUUCAAGAGAUUUAAUAUUAAAAAUCAUGACAUAAAUUUCGAAAAGCUAAGUAACCUUUAGUAAGGAAAAGCAAAUCGCUCCCGUGUAAGUGAUAAAUUUCGGAAUUGGUUGCAAUCAGACUUAUAGUAUAUUCGUUUUAGGAUUAAUUGAUAAUAAUUAAAAAUCAUUUUUACUUGAAGUAGGCCGAAUUUAAUUUGCCGUGAUAUGGUGUUUUCAAAAGUAGAUCAAGAAGGGAAAGUUUUAUUUUUUAAAGUUUCUGAACUCAUACACGUAUUUUGAUUGAAUGGAAGUUUAUUCAAGGGACAAAGUUCGUUCACAUGUUUGUAACUUUUUUGACUUUGUUCGCGUGUUUUUAUUGAGCUGAAAUUUUGAAUGGUUCUUUCGCCAUGUUUUGGUUAACUUCACGUGUUCCGAUUAGACCAUUUUUUCGAUGCUGCAGAAGUAUGGGGCAUGCUCGUGCAGCUUCCAAAGUAUAUGCCAAUCACUUUGUCAUUGUUCUGAUGCAUGCAUUGUAGUUGGUAAUCAUUCAUUUUAACAAUUAUUGUUGAUAUAAAACAAUAAUUCUUGAAAAAUAUUCGUGAUUGAAUGUUUUAGCUACAUGCUAUGAAGGGAUUUAUAUGGCAGGGGUAUUUUUAAAUUGUUUGUCAUAUUUCAAUUGAACUGAAAUUUGUUUUGAAUUCAUUCGUGUAUUCUGAUUGCAUAACCUAAAGGGUUUGUUAUUUCAUUUGCUAUUGCUAAUGGCUCUUUAUUUCAUGUGCCUGUUGUGACUGGAUUUAAAUCCAUUUGAGGCGCACGAAUAACUGAAAGCAGUUUCCAAUAAAUGACAGCUACGCGGCUAUGGAUCAAAAGCAUUCUUGUCGUCGUAUUUUAGCCGAAAUUUAAUCGAUUAACUCUUAAAUGUUAUUUUACUAAAUGGUGCAAUAUCAGUUUGCUCAGGUUGACUUACGUAUGUAAGCUUAAAUUGCUCAUAAUAAAUUUGAAGAUGAAAUGAUUUCAUAUCAACAUUAAUAGGUCUUAAUCUGAUCCAAAUAAUUUUUCUACUCGUGUUUAUUUGUCUCCAGAGAUUACACCUACUAGAAAAUUUGUAUGCAGGUAUAUGUAUUUUAACUGUGUGUCAGAUUCAACUAGGAUGAUGAGGGCUUUCGAGCUCGGCGUGUUAACAUUCUGAAAAACCCUAAUUUAACUCUGGUGUCCUGUCACAUAUAAAAUCGUACGUCUGCCAAGAAUGCACUCGAGGUAAGCAUAGCACAUGUUGACGAUGACGAUGCCUUUGCAAGAGACAAAUAUUUUUCGCAUUAUGCAGUUUUGUGUCUCUGCCGACUGCUCUGGAAAUGCGGGAUCCGAAAUGAUAUCUAUUGUCACUUAUCACACACGUGUCAUAGGUCACUGAGCUAAAGAAAUCUGACACAUAUUCUUCCAUCUUGUAUUUGCGCGAAGGUAGUUAGUUACUUUUUUGCGUGUGCGUGCAAAUUCACCAAAGAUGAACCAUUCGUUAAUUGAAUGAGUUAAGUCUAGGAUACAUUUAUGGACUGUAAAUGUUAGUUCUGACUUCGGAAAAUUAUCUCUGAUGACUCUUCUUAUUUCAAGCUAUAUAUACAUGUUCAUAUUGACUUCAGAAUUAGAAAAUAUAAAUUUUUGCAUAUAGUUCUGAUUUAUGAAAUUGCAGCAUUAAAUACAUACCAAUAAUCAUUUUAUUUGUUUUAAGAGUUAUGAAAUAUUUGGAAGUUUUGAAAGAGAUAUAAUAUUUUUAUAGGUAUACAAGUAUACAAUUUAUUACGGCUAAAUCCUUGACAGCUUCUAUAUGAAAGCUCAAAUAAAGGAUUUACUAAUAAGACAUGGUUUUCAUCUUACAUGUAGGGAAAAUUAUGAACAUGCUAUGUAGUCAAUAUGUUCAGCUAUCAGGAGUUAUGAACUGUUAACGUACUUUGCAUAUAAUUUUAACUGACAAUAGGUUACGUUUUAAAUAAUAAUUUUCAGUUCAAUUUUCUUGCAGUACGAAGGUGGUUUCGUGAUGCUAGUGAAAAACAUAACGUUCUCUUACGAUUGCCAUAUAAAUAUACCCAAUAUUUUGACAGGUUUUAAAUAGCACCUGUGUAAUAACGAAAACAUUAUCCGAAGAAAUUAUUUAUUUAAUUUUUCUUCUCUACUUGUUUUAAUAUAUAUAUAUAUGUUCCUUUCCUAAAAACUGAGUUUAUGUAUUAAAACUAAUAUUUAGUCGUUUAAAUCUAAUAUUUAGUUUAUAUAUUCAACUAAUAUUUUGAUUUGCUCACCAAAAUAUACCACCAAAUAUGUGUUAGCAAGUGAUAAUAAGAAAAGAACUAUUUACAUAAAUCAAAAUGUUUGUCGUCAUGUCGAGAAUUUUUAAUAAUAAACUUAAGGUGAAGUGGGAUAAGUGCAGACUGGUUUUUGUAAAAUUGGAACUUAAACCUGUGUAUUUUCAAUCUGGUAUGUAUAUGUUUAACGCUGUCGGUAUCAAACGCUUUGCACAGUUAUUAUUAUUUAAUUAAUAUAAACUAAGAUUCUAAGUUUCCUUGUAAAUUUUCAAUUUUGAUAGACUAAUGCACAAAGUGUUAACUACUCUGCAUUUUCCCUCGAAAAUGGGGCAAGAGCGUACCUACUUGAGGGACAUCUAUGCAAAUUAGCUCAUAUUAACUUGUAGUUGAUUACUAGAUAUUAGCACGAGAAAUAUCGCUUGUAUUAUAAUAAAUAUCUGAUACGGACACCACAUGACUUCUUUAUACGGCAUAUUAAAUUAUACACAUUUUUGCUGCAUUGCAUUCAAACGUAUUUCUUCGAAAAUCAUUAGAUACAUUUCUCGUUCAAUUAAUUCUAUUCUCAUUUCGCAACAAGGCAAAAAUAUAUAAAAACUCAAAGCAUCUUCAUUAAAAAUUGAAAAA